AUGGCUCCUUCGAAAGAUGACAGAGAUGGAACCUGGAACAUCCAGGCCCAGGAUGCCAAGCGUGCGCUGGCGGAAGACAAGUUCGAGGACUGCCUCUCGUGUAGGGUGACUGGCUCUGCCGCGUUUAUUGGGUUGGGGGUCUACAGCUAUUAUACAGGCAUGCGCAAUCUCCGCGCGCAAGAGAAGACGAUCAUGCAAAGCGCGACCAAGUACAAGAUGGGGUCACGACAGUUGGGGAUCGCCACGAUAUCGGCUACCUUGGUGGGAAUGGGGAUCUGGCGGGCUUUCAACUGA